AUGGAAAAACUUCGUCUAAAUCCUAUUUUGGUAUCUUUUAUCUUUUUAUUCUUUUGUUUAACAACUAUUGAUUCAUAUCCAUGCCCGUCUGAAUGUAUUUGUCAACCGACUGACAUGACUGACGAUGAUUUUACACGAAUGAGCUAUAAUAUUGAUUGUACAAAUGUAACAUUCAAAGGUAAUCAAGUUAUUUAUAAUGCUCUUUCAUGGUCAAUAAUUGAAGAUAAAACUACUGAUGAUGAUGAUGAUGAUGAUGGCAUAAACAAUGAUUAUGCUAUAUCAAUUGAUCUAUCUGAUUCAUCAUUAUUAAAACAAUUUAAUAAUCAAGCAAUACAGUUAACUGGAUUUUCUUUUUCACUCAAAAGUCUUUCAUUAACGAGUCAAUCAAAAAAUCUUAAGAUUGAAUCUAAUGCAUUCAAUUCAUCUUUAUACCAAGAUUUAAAAAUACUCAAUUUAUCGUCAUGCUGUCAACAAUUACCAUUUGAAUGUCCACAACUUUUUCGUCCACUUAACAAACUGCAAGUACUUGAUUUAAGCGGGUCAGAUAUGUAUAAGAGUUGUCUUAAUACACCAGAUACGAUCUCAUCAAAAUUAAGCGACCUUAUCUUACGUAAUAAUUUGUAUGAUACAAAUACAUUUUCACACUCAAGCCGAUUGUUCGAUGGUGUACAUACAAUAACCGGCAAACUUGAUUUACAAUAUUCACGUUUUAAUAUGAGUCGAUUAUUAGAAGGAAAUUGUCUAUUUGAUAUAUUUAAUUCUAUAACAACGUUAGAUUUAUCAUUUUUACAAUUUAAUUCAUUAUCAACUAAAACAGAAGAUUAUUUAGUUCAUUUACUCAAGUGUAAAUCUCAACCUAAAAAUAUUCGUCAUGGAGAACAACUAAUUAAUUUAUAUUUACGUCAAAUAAAUCUUGAAUAUUUACCCGAAUGGUUUACUAAUGAUCGUUUUCCACUAUUGAAUCAACUUGAUUUAUCAUAUAAUAAUAUUUAUACAGUCGAUUUUCGAAACUUUAAAGUGUUAAAAUCAGUAUCAUUAGCCAACAAUCCAAUUGAAAUCGAAAAAAUACUUUUUCGUUCAAAUUACAUCUAUGAAUCAAUUAAUUUACGCUCUACAAUUCAAAAUCGAACAUACGAUUUACAAGCUCGACUAGAAUACUUAUUUAAAUUGACAACAGAUGUUGACUUUAGUGAAAACUAUGGAGUUAUACCAAGUAAUAUAACAAAAUUUCCUAUUGACAUUGAUUUUUCGAAGGAAUUAUCAUUGAAUAUAUCUCAAACAAAUAUUUAUUCAUUUAACAUUCAAGAUAUAUCAAAAUUUGAUGAUUUAAAUCGUUUAAAUAUAAGUUUAAAUAAUUUAACUGAACUUAAUUUAGAAAAACAAUCAAAAUUAUCUUAUUUAGAUUGUUCAAAUCAAUAUUUAAAAACUUUAAUAUUAAAUAAGGAUUAUUCAAAUUUAAUUGAUUUAAAAUGUUCGAAUAAUUCAUUGAAAGCAAUUGAAAAUUUUUCUUUUUUAAAUCAUAAAAAAUUAAAAUCUAUUGAUUUAUCAUUUAAUUUGAUAGAAUCAUUAGAGAAUCUUCUUUCGAAUUUAAAUAGUCAAUAUUUACAUACAAUUAAUUUAAAAUCAAAUUCAAUCAAACAAAUAUCAUCAAAUAUAUUUCACAGCAAACUAGUAAGUCUUUCAAUGCUUGAUUUAUCAUCGAAUAAAAUUAAUAUUAUAAAAAAAUAUUCAUUUCAAUCACCGAAUUUACAAAUUCUUGACUUAUCAAAUAAUCCAUUGAAAUUUGUUGACUCAAAAUUUUUAGUUACACCAUCAUUACAUUUAUUUUAUAUUAUUAAUAAUGCACAACAAUUAAUUGAUCGUUGUGCACAAUCAUCCCCAAAUGAUAAUCUAUUGUUAACGUAUAUAACAUGGUUUGAACAAAAUGGUACUUAUAUGAAAAAUACACAACCAGAAAGAAGUAAACAAAUACAACUUGAUAAAUGUUUACGUCGUUAUACAUCAAGAAGUAAAGUUAAAUGGGUUAAAGUUAAUGAAAAUUAUGAUUUAAAACAUUUAUCUUUAUAUAUAACAAUGGCUGCAAUUACAAUUGGAAUUAUGCUUGGUAUUAUUUAUUUAUAUAAAAAUACGAAAAUCAACGUUUUAACAAAUUUUCAACGUUAUAGACCAUUAGAUGGACAUAGUUUAGUAGAAAAUACAGACGAUAUUAGUCAUCACGAACAUGAAGAUGAUGAAAUUAUUAUGAAUCUUACUGAAGUACCAUUUAACAUAAAUAAUCGAUGCUGA